CGUACACUUUUAUUAGUGGUCCUUGAACAUUCAUUCAUUCGCUGUACAGCUCCGCACUCGUUCCACACUAUUUACUUAGUCCUUCUUCGAAAAUAGUUUCCAUAAAUGGCACCAGCAUACAAACUUACUUAUUUUGAUGGCUGUGGACUGGCCGAAACCUCUCGCUUCCUCUUCAAAUACGGAGGAAUCGAUUACGAGGAUGUCCGCAUAAAACAAGAAGAUUGGCCCCAGUGGAAACCAAAAACUCCCUUCGGUGUAGUCCCCCUUCUCGAACACAACGGAAAACAAGUGGGCCAAAGCCUCGCCAUUGCACGUUACUUGGCCAAAAAAGUCAAACUGGCAGGAAACGACAAUUGGGAAGACCUGGAAAUCGAUGCAGUUAUUAAUACAGUUCAAGAUUUGUAUUUGAAGUUGGGACCUAUAUAUUACGAGAAGGACGAAUCUAAGAAGAAGGCACUGAUUGAAAGUGCUCAGAAAGAAUCGCUUCCUUAUUAUUUGUCGCGUCUUGAAGAACUUGUUAAGAAAAACAAAGGAUAUUUGGCGUUGGGUCGGUUGACCUGGGCCGAUUUCUACUUUGCUACAAUAACUCCGAUGAUGGAUUUAUUGACUGGAGGCGACAACCUGGCUAAAUAUGCCAAUCUGAAGGGUUUAAAGGAAAAAGUCGACGGAUUGGCAGCCAUUAAGAAGUGGAUUGAAGUUCGACCAAAGACACCGUUUUAAAAUGUAUUUUUUUACGUAUGUUGUUUUAAAAUGAACUGAUUUUCAUGUGAAAGAUAAAAAAUAAAACGUAAAUCCUCUAAA